CCUCUUGAAGCUCACCAAGAGAAUACCAAGAGUGUGCAAAGCAGUAAUUUAUUGUGAUGAUCACUUGGGGUGUAUAAUCUGGUCUCUGUCUCCCUCUGUCAGUGCAUGUUUCUUCUGUAGCUCUUGUGAUCUAUUGGUUUUCUGCUCGACUUCCUCUCUUAAGCUUCGCACACUGCUGGCAGAGCUUCAGCCUUCCUGCUGGACUACAAAGCAGCUCACUCUCAGGCUUUCCUCCGGGAGAUCAGCUGAAAACGGGCCUGCUUUAUCUGCAUGCAGUGAACAGCUACAGCCACAGAUUCACGACUUGACUUCUUAAAUUCCACACUGGGGAUCCUUUCAGGACGAACGAGGAAACCUGUGCGUUGCAAACACAAGCGUGUGUGCAUGCGGGGUCACCCUGUACCCGUUCCUUCAGCUGCUCAACUAUAGGUCCUUUUAUUGACUGAAACUGCGGCAGUAAACGUGCCAUAAACUAUGUUAACUUUCUCUGUUGAUGCCCUUUUGAGAGAGAGAAAAAAGUUAUUUAUUAUUAUUAUUUAUCUGCAAAUGUCAUAAUUAUGUAUGAAUUGUUGUUUUUGUGUAAUGCCAGCCCUGUGUGCACCGCGUGUGUGGAUCAGUCGUGCCGCGCGCUCGUUAACAUUCUGGCCGGAGAGCGCGCGAUGCGGCGCCUGCGCGGCCUUUUCACCGUGUUUCAAUCCUCUGAAGAGAAGAAGCCCAGCUCUCUGUUCGUGCCCGAGCUGAAGUGGUUGGAGUAGAGAGGAAAAGGACAGAGGCUCAGAGGAGCAUCAUGAAAGACAGCGAUCUUAAACGAGACUCGGGCAUCCCUGAGCGCGUGACACUCAAGAAGGAGAUUGGACUUCUGAGCGCCUGCGCGAUCAUCAUUGGUAACAUUAUUGGCUCAGGGAUCUUCAUCUCUCCUAAGGGUGUUCUGGAGCAUUCGGGUUCGGUCGGCCUGGCGCUGGUGGUGUGGGUGCUAGGAGGAGGCGUCGCUGCCCUUGGCUCUCUUUGCUAUGCUGAACUAGGGGUCACCAUCCCUAAAUCUGGGGGAGACUAUUCCUACGUCACAGAGAUUUUUGGUGGUCUCAUGGGGUUUCUGCUGUUAUGGAGUGCAGUAUUGAUCAUGUAUCCCUCCACACUGGCAGUCAUCGCUCUCACGUUCUCCAACUAUGUGCUUCAGCCUGUUUUCCCAUACUGCAUUCCUCCAAACAUAGCCACACGCAUGCUGUCCACCAUCUGCAUAUUGUUUUUGACAUGGGUGAACUGCUACAGUGUGCGUUUGGCCACACGGAUCCAGGACGCCUUCACCGUGGGGAAGCUUCUGGCUCUGGGGCUCAUCAUUACUGUCGGUUUAGUGCAGAUCUGUGGAGGUAACUAUGAGAGCCUGACUCCACAGAUGGCCUUCAUGUUUAAUAAAGCUCCUUGCAUAGGACAGAUUGCUCUGGCAUUUCUUCACGCCUCCUUUGCUUUCAGUGGCUGGAACUUCCUCAACUAUGUCACAGAAGAAGUGGUGGAUCCAAGGAGGAAUCUGCCUCGAGCAAUAUACAUCUCCAUUCCACUGGUAACAUUUGUCUACACGCUCACAAACAUCGCGUAUUUCUCCUCCAUGUCUCCUGAGGAACUGCUGUCCUCCAACGCAGUGGCUGUUACUUUUGGUGAAAAGCUUCUAGGGGUGUUUUCCACCCUCAUGCCGAUCUCUGUGGCACUCUCCACUUUUGGGGGCAUCAAUGGUUACCUCUUCACCUCUUCCAGGUUGUGUUUCUCCGGGGCGCGGGAAGGACAUUUACCCAGUCUUCUUGCUAUGAUCCACUUUAAGCAGUGCACGCCGAUUCCAGCUUUACUCGUGUGUUGCACUGCCACAAUUGUGAUCUUGUGCAUUGGAGAAACUCACAACCUGAUAAACUAUGUGUCUUUCAUCAACUACCUCUCUUAUGGAGUCACUAUUGCUGGCCUGCUCUACUACAGAUGGAAGAAGCCAAACUUAUACAGGCCCAUCAAGGUGAGUCUCCUAGUGCCUGUGUGUUACCUGCUCUUCUGGGCUCUACUGCUGGGCUUCAGUUUGCACUCGGAGCCGCUGGUGUGUGGAGUGGGGCUGGUCAUUAUGCUGACUGGAGUGCCUGUCUAUUUCCUGGGAGUUUACUGGAAAAACAAGCCAAAAUGUGUAUAUGACUUCACUGAGUGGGCUACAUAUCUGGGACAACGAGUGUUUUUUGUCGUGUUCCCACAAAUCGAUCCUAUUGAAGCGGCAGAAUGGACGGACAGAUCUUCCUUCACAAGCAAAGCUUCUGGACCUCUCUGAAUUUUGCAUUACUUCAAUUUGGCAGCUCUUUACUAAAAAACCCACACUUUCCAGGCUUGUAGUUGUAGUAAAAGGAAAUGAAACAAUAACUGCCUCAUUUGUUUAAAUGGGCACUAUAUUUGUAUGAUUCAGUGGGUUUGAUUGGUACUGUUUCAGCCAUUAUGGAUUGUGUACUGCACUGGGUUUUUCUCACUUUUUGGUUAGGUAUGUUAUUUCUACUGCAGAAACUGUUUUUAAACCUUAUAAUUUGCUACUGGGGUUUAUAUGCAAAUGGCCUGUGUUGAUACAUGUACAGAAUCUCUCCUCUCUUUUGUAUGAUACUUCUUCAUCUGUGAUGUCUUUCCAAACACAUAACAUUUUAUACAGGCACUGCAUGCCUCACUGGUGUAAAUACAUUUAAAGUGCUUCUAACAAUGCUCACCCUUCACUUUUUUGGUUUUGGUCUUUAUUGGUUAUUAGUCUAACUAGAUUGUAACCUGCAGGCAUUUUAUUUUUUCUUUAA